AAUUGGAUUGCAAAGAAACCAAAAUUAAUAAAGCAAUGUCCUAAGAUGGCUCAUGUAUUGAAAAUAUCCUUUGAUAAUAUCGAUAAAUUUGGAAAAUAUUUUGCGGAACUUAAUGAGAUCCACUGUGAACAAAAUGAUCUUGCUUAUGUUUUAGAAAGUGAAGGCUUUAAUAAAGAAGAUAUGCAAAAACAAAAAGGCAUAACCGAUUUUACAGUGACCCGUAUGUUUUCAAAGAGAAGCGAAUAG